AUGAGCUCGCAAUCUCCGGACUCCACGAUGGGCAUGAGGAGGCUGCGUCGGAACCCUAAAGCCAAAGUGUACGUGCUCAUUUGGCUGCUGCUCGUCUGCACGCCCAGAGUGGAUUCAUCCUGGUGGUACAUCGGUGCGCUGGGUGCCCGUGUGAUUUGCGACAACAUCCCAGGCCUGGUCAACAAGCAGCGGCAGCUGUGCCAGCGGCACCCAGACCUGAUGCAGUCCAUCGGCGAGGGGGCCAAGGAGUGGAUCACAGAGUGCCAGCACCAGUUCCGCCACCAGCGCUGGAACUGCAGCACGCUGGAGCGCGACCACACCGUGUUUGGCAGGGUGAUGCUGCGAAGCAGUCGAGAAGCAGCAUUUGUAUAUGCCAUAUCAUCAGCAGGCGUGGUCUAUGCCAUCACCCGAGCUUGCAGUCAAGGCGACAUCAAGAUCUGCAACUGCGAUGAGCACAAGCGCGGCCAAGCCAGUGACCACCAGGGUAACUUCGACUGGGGUGGAUGCAGUGACAACAUCAACUAUGGCAUCAAGUUCGCCAAAGCCUUUGUAGAUGCUCGAGAGAGGAUGGUGAAGGACGCCCGGGCACUCAUGAACCUGCAUAACAACCGCUGUGGAAGAAUGGCGGUCAAGCGCUUCAUGAAGCUGGAGUGCAAGUGUCACGGAGUCAGCGGCUCCUGCUCCCUGAGAACCUGCUGGCUGGCCAUGUCCGACUUCAGACGGACGGGUGACUACCUCCGCAAGAAGUACAACACGGCCGUGGAGGUGACCAUGAACCAAGACGGCACUGGUUUCAUGGUGGCUGAGCGUGACUUCAAGGGGAGUGCUAAGAAUGAGCUGGUAUAUGUGGAGAGCUCGCCAGACUACUGUCUAAUGGAUCGAGCAGCAGGCUCCCUGGGCACGGCAGGCCGCGUGUGCAACAAGUCCUCACGGGGCACCGACGGCUGUGAGGUGAUGUGCUGUGGUCGGGGCUACGACACUAUGCGCGUUAAACGUCUCAGUCAAUGCGAGUGCAAGUUCCAGUGGUGCUGCAAGGUUAAGUGCAAUGACUGCGAGGACACGGUGGACAUCCACACUUGCAAGCCUCACAAGCGACCUGAUUGGCUGGACCUGACCUAA